GUAUGUAUACAUAUAUAACAAUACAAAACUUACAAAUGUAUGUAAGUACCAAAAGAAGAAGUCUAGAGGUUCAGUAAAAACUGGAAACACUUUGUGCUUAUCGCUUGUAACUCACAAAAUAGGUAAAAGUUUAAAAUUCGUUGCGUUUAUUUAAUUUUUUAAAGGGGGAAUGAAGGAAUGACUCACUGAUAGUUAUGUAUUAGCACUUAAUUUUAUUUACAGAGUACACUGAUUUUGAUAAACCUUUUUUGUUCGAAAUGGCAUACAUACAUUCCACAUUUAUUUCAAUAAAAAUUCUAUGCUAAAUGUUAAGAAUUGCCGUGAUUUUUGUACCAAAAAAUUAAUAAAAAAUUGAGCAUGUAGAAAUAGUAGCCACAAAAAAAAUAAAAAGUAAAUACUUUUUAACAAAAAAAAUUAAGCCUCCAAAGGACUAAAGAACAAAAGAUAAUAAACCUUGUUGUUGUUGCUUUUAUAGGGCACAAACUUGAGCCUUCGCCAGAAAAAACCAACCAUUUAAGAAGUUUACCGAGUGGGUAGCGAAUGUUAUUUUGACAAAAAGAUUUUCUUGCAAUUAAAACAUUCAUGUAUACGUUAUAAGGGGAAUGGGAAGCCAGCAAAAGUUUUUACUCUUCUCUUAAAUUUUUUUCAUUGCUUUUUACUCUCAAAAAUCGUCUGUUUCUAUCUACAUUUACCUUGUUAAUAAAUUUUGCAUUAAAUGCAUGCCUUGGAGUAGAAUUUUUAUUAUAAUUAUAAUUUCAUGACAUAAAAUAUAAGUAAGUAUAUACGAGUAGAUAAUUUUGUAAGUUUUGUAUAUGCUCGUUAACAAAAAAAAGGGGGUUUAAGAUAAACAACUCCAUAAGAUUCGUGGGAUAUUUGAGUUUUCCCAUCAUCAGUUGUGACGAAGUGAUGCGUUUAUCAAGUAGAACAUUGAAUUACUGUACGCGCAUGAUUCGAAUUUGUCGCCAUGAAGUCUGGAGUCUGCUAGUGUAAUUGGAUUCUUUGAGAAGAUGAUUAUUUCGAAGCGAACAGUUGCAAAGGGGACUUCGAGUAAAGUGUUUUAAACCUUUUUUGAUUUUACAACUUUGAUAAAUAAUUGUUUUAUGUGCUUUUAUAAAUUAUUUGCAUACAUACGUACGAAAUAAAAAUAUAAAAAUGUAUGAAUACAAGGAGCCUGGAGAUGUGAACACCUACAACGCAAACAAUAUAGUACCAAAUGUUAUGUUUAAUAAUACAAUUCCGAAUGUAGGCAAAAUGGAGGUUCAAGAGGGAGGUAAAAUUCGUUUAAAUUCAUAUGAGCUGUAUGAAACAAAUAUCUUUACAGCCAAUAUGAAUAUCACGAACGCCGUAUUAAUAGAACCUGGAGCAGUAGGAGGUGCACAGGAGACAAUACCAGUAUACGCGAUUGAUACUACUGUCCAACAGUUUGAAAUACCUGAUCCAGUCCUAAGGCGAGCCUUUGCUCGUAAGGUUUUUAUUACAUUACUAAUUCAACAUAUUCUAACUUUACCGAUUAUUGAAGUUUUCAUUCUUUGCUUUGAUCCCAUUUCGCAUGGUGUUAUUCAAGGAAUACGAGGAGUAUUGUUUUGUAUUCUUAUAGCACUUUAUUUGUUCAGUGACAUGCGGAGAUAUUCACCUAUGAACGUUAUCACAUUUGUCAUAGUAACAUUGCUGAUGGCCAUUGAAGCCGGUGCUCUAGCCACUUGGAUAAAUUCCCAAUUGGCGAUAUUUCCCCAUCUAAUAGUCAUCGCACAAUUUUUAGCAUUGGUUGGUUAUUCGGAACAGAGCCGUUACAAGUUUUCAGUUGUCAAUGCUAUUUUAAUGGUACUUUUUGUAUCAGUGACUGGCCACUACUUUACGGAGAUUGUGUUCUCCUCUUUUUCGUUUAUACACAUUGCCUACGUGCUUGUUUCCCUUACAACUUAUAGAGCAGCCUACGCAGUUUAUGAUAUGCAUUUAAUGUUGAGUGGUCAUCAUGGUUACAAUCUCCAGCCGAAUGAAUACAUAUUUGCCGCAACUAAUAUUUACGCGGACAUUCCUAAUAUUUUUUGGAGAAUGUUUAAAUUCUUUUUUAUAACACCUUUAGUCAAAAUGUAUCAAUUUUUAGUAGGCUGUUGUUUCGCUGAGGUUUGUUAGGAAUUUCGAAAUUGUCAUUUCAAAAUAAAAACAUUUAUUGUAUUAUGAAUUAUUACUGAAAAACUAUCUAAAAGAAAAUACUUAUGCUUCCUACAUUUCUCAGACUAUCUACACGUUACAAGGUGUAAACUAUUAUACUAUAAUUAAUGCUUAGAAAGCUUAAGACGCGGUGAGAGUUACAUUACUCAUGUAUGUACAUACAUGUGUAUGUGCAUGCUUAUUAAUUGCUUGUAUAUCUUCAACGUUCAUAAAAUAUAAAUCAAAGAGCUCAAAAAAUGCAAGUUUUGUUUUAUGACAUCAACUAAAUUAAAAUUGUUUUCCGCUUUCUCUCGUGUUUGGCUAUGGAGUAAGACUUUAGUUUUUAUCAAUAUUGACAUGUUAAGAAGGAGUAUUAUUUUAUCAGCCUGUGAAAAUAUCACAUAUAAUAGAUGAAUUUUGUCUAAAUUGAUAUCUAACUACUUCCUACAUAAAUAUGUAUGUAUGCAGUUGUUGAGAAAUAUGCAUUUAUGAAAA